AUGGGGUUCUUGCUCUGGCUGCUGCUGCUGCCGCUGUUACUUGGGCCCCUGAGUGUAGAGACUCUGCCGGCCGCUGUAGGCGUGGAAGGUGGAACCACGACAGAGACCACUUCAGCACAGGUGACCAGGCCUGUCGCCGAAGUGUGUGGGAAGCCCAGGGUGACGGGGAAGAUCUACGGAGGCCAGGACGUGGCGGCUGGCCAGUGGCCGUGGCAGGCCAGCGUGCUGUACCAGGGCUCGCAUCUCUGCGGAGCAGUCCUCAUCGGGGCCCAGUGGCUGCUUUCCACAGCUCACUGCUUUGUCAACAAGUCCCAGGCACUGAAGGACUACCGGGUGGUUCUGGGAAGCACGCGGCUCUUCGAGCCCACCAAGCACACCCAGAAGAUGGCCGUGAGUGGCAUUAUCAUCCACCCAGACUUUGAGAAGUAUCAUGCUUUUGGGAGUGACAUAGCCAUGUUACAACUGUAUCUGCCCGUGAGCUUCACUUCCUAUGUGGUCCCUGCCUGCCUCCCAGCCCCUGGUGUGCUGCUGCCCAGUAACGUGUCCUGUUGGAUCACUGGCUGGGGGAUGCUCACCGAGGACACACCGAUGUCCCUGCCCUUCCACCUCCAGGAGGGUAAGGUGAACCUCAUUGAGAAUAAGUGGUGUAAUAUCCUCUAUGGACAAGAUGUUAACAAAGGCAAUAGCUACAUGAUCCAUGAUGAAAUGCUGUGUGCUGGGGACUUCUCGACAGGGAAAGCCAUCUGCCAAGGUGAUUCUGGAGGACCCCUGGUCUGCAACCUCCCCAGAGCCUGGGUUCUGGUGGGGCUGGCCAGCUGGGGCUUGAACUGCCAGCCUCCCAUCUACCCCAGCGUCUUCACCAGGGUUGCCUACUUCACUGACUGGAUCGAGGAGAUCCAGAGGCGCACUCCUCUUCCCGACUCCUCAGCUGCUUCUGUAUCCUAUGAGCCUCGGCAGGCCGCCAGCCCAUCCAGUCCCCGGACUGCCCUCAGGCCCCCACAGCUCUGGCUCCCACCGCUGUUGGUGUCCAGGGCCCUGUGGUGA